GUCCGAGUGUUCCUCACCCUGUCCCUUCCUCUGAUCUUCUAGUAUGAGCAGCUUCUCCCCCCUCGCCACCGAUGAGCAGGCGGUCGCCACUAUCCGGACUUUGGCGGCCGAUAUCGUCUUCAAAUCGAACUCUGGACAUCCAGGUGCUCCUAUGGGCAUGGCGCCCGUCGCUCAUGUUCUCUUCUCUCGGUUCUUGACCGCCAACCCCAAGAGCUCCCACUGGUUCAAUCGCGAUCGUUUUGUCUUGUCGGUAAGCAUCGGGGUGGAGGAUCCAGCACGAUGUGUCCUCCAGUACACCAUGCUCCACCUGCUCGGCUACAAGCUGUCCAUGGACGAUCUUAAGGACUUCCGUCAACUCAACUCCCUCACCCCAGGUCAUCCAGAAGCUGGUCACACCGAUGGUAUCGAGGUCACAACGGGGCCUCUUGGCCAGGGUGUCGCAAACGCGGUCGGACUUGCGAUCGCACAAGCCCACCUCGGUGCAAUUUACAACAAGGAAGGGUUUGAGCUGAUCAACAACUACACUUACGCUUUCUGUGGAGAUGGUUGUUUGAUGGAGGGUGUCUGCGCUGAGGCGGCCAGUUUGGCCGGCCACCUGCAGCUGGGCAAUCUGAUUUUGGUCUAUGAUGACAAUCACAUCUCCAUCGAUGGCGACACCGCCGUUGCUUUUACCGAGGAUGUUGGUGCCCGUUUCGAGUCAUACGGAUGGCAGGUGCUGUCGGUGAACGACGGUGACCAUGAUUUGGCUGCUAUCUACUCUGCCAUCGCCGAGGCUCGUAACGAGAAGACCAAGCCUACCAUCAUCAAAUUGAAGACGACCAUCGGCUUCGGGUCCAAGCAGCAGGGCACUCAUGGUGUCCACGGUUCCCCUCUCAAGGCCGACGAUAUCGUUGCCCUCAAGACCAAAUUCGGUUUCUCACCCGACGAGAAGUUUGUCGUGCCCGCCGAUGUCUAUGCCUCCUACGCUGAAGUCGCGUCCCGUGGCGCUGCUGCUGAGGCCAGCUGGAACUCUCUAUUCGCCGCUUACGCCCAGAAAUAUCCGGCUGAGCAUGCCGAGCUCUCUCGUCGUAUCGCCGGAGAGCUUCCCGACGGAUGGGAGAAGGCACUCCCUGUUUACACCCCCGCCGAUGCCGCUCAAGCAUCCCGGAAACUGUCCGAAAUCGCCCUGACCAAGCUCACCCCCGUCCUUCCCGAGUUGAUGGGUGGCAGCGCUGACUUGACCGGCAGUAACUUGACCAAGGUCAAGGGAUCUGUUGAUUUCCAGCCUCCGAGCACCAAGUUGGGCUCUUACGCUGGAACUUAUAUCCGAUACGGUGUUCGUGAGCAUGCCAUGGGUGCUAUCGCCAACGGUCUGGCCGCAUAUGGCGGUAUCAUCCCGUUCGUUGCUACUUUCCUCAACUUUGUUUCGUACGCGGCCGGCGCCGUGCGUUUGUCUGCUUUGAGCAAGGCUCAGGUUAUCUGGGUGGCUACCCACGACUCUAUCGGUCUUGGUGAAGAUGGCCCCACCCACCAGCCUGUCGAGACCAACGCCCACUUCCGUGCCACGCCCAAUAUCGCGUUCUGGCGUCCGGCUGACGGAAACGAGACUUCCGCAGCCUAUGCGAUGGCGCUGAAGAUGAAGCAAACGCCGUCCAUCUUGUCGCUCUCUCGUCAAAACUUGCCCAACUUCGAGGGUUCGACCAUCGAGCAUGCUUCUCGUGGAGGCUACGUUGCCGUUGAGGAACCCAAUGAGGCCCUCACCAUCGUCAGCUGCGGUAGCGAAGUCAGCAUCGCCCUCGAGGCCGCCAAGAAACUCAAGGAGCAGGGCCUCCCGACUCGUGUCGUGAGCUUGCCCUGCUGGCUGGUCUUUGACCAGCAGGACCAGGAAUACCGCCUCAGUGUUUUGCGAAGCGGUGCACCCAUCCUCUCCCUGGAAGCCCUGACUACCAUGGGUUGGGAGAAAUACAGUCACGAGCAGUACGGUCUGCCGAGCUGGGGUGCCUCUGGUCCCUAUCUGCAGGUCUACGAGAAGUUUGGUAUCACACCCACCAACAUCGCUGCCGUCGGAAAGAAAGUCAUCGACUUUUACAAGAAGAAGGGCGGGGAGGUCGUCUCUCCCCUCGUCAAGGCUUUCACUUUGUAGAUCAACUAACAAUAAACCAGUAAAAGAGAACAUGUACUUACUUCCAAAUAGAAACCUAGAACGGGUGGACUGAAAACUGGGAACUUGAUCACGAUUGAUCAGUACACCAACAAAUCGUAUUGAUAGCAUUCCAUUACGCUAGGCGGGCUUCUGAACAUCACAGUACUUACUACAGAGCUUGCACCUUCGACAUGAUUCAGUCUCUCCUGGAAUGUACGACUGGCAUUCAAGUAGCAACAUGACGACGGGUGAAUCAUCUGCAUCUAAUGUUUUCUAUGGACUUCCAGACUGUCCCAGGAAGCUCGUUCCUUCAGCUCGCUCUCAACAGCUUCGACAUGGGGAAGGAGGUAACGGAUGUCCUGCCAAUCGUCAGCGCGUCAGUAAAUCGCUGUUAUGAGCGCGCACAUCUUCCGGCUUGGUCCAAAGGUCUUUGGAGAGGGGCGCGUGGAGAACGUCGGCUUGAGAAGCACGCUUGAUACGGAAUUGGCGAUCAUAGGCUUCACGAGGAGUCAGGCGAGCGAGGGCCUGACGGCGGGAUCAGCCAGCUACUCCUCCCAACACCCACAAUCUUCAAACCUUCUGGACUUCCGG